AUGUCCACCAAAAAGGAAGCUGCCAGUACCACGGUCAAUAUGGAGACCAGCAGCGUGCAGCAAGCGGAAGUCGACCUGCCUCAGAAGCAGGGCUUACUUGGCAGAAUUCGCGGUCUCACUGCGACAGCAACCAACUCGGGCUCCCAGGAAAGUGCCGAGUUCUUAACUCAGCACCAGGGCGAGUAUGGCGACUACACGCAGGAAGAGGCGGGCAAAGUGCUGCGCAAGAUUGACUGGCGCAUGAUGCCGCUGCAGUUCAUCACAUCCACUGUCUCUGGCAUUGAUAAAGUCUUGAUCUCCAACGCAGCCUUGUAUGGCAUGACACAAGAUCUGGAGCUGGUGGGCCAGCAGUACAGCUGGGCCGGUUCGAUCUACAACUUCGGCUACCUCGUGUCCAUGUUCCCCAUGACGCUUAUUAUCCAGAAGUUCAAGGUUGGCAAGAUCUUGGCCAUCUCCGUCAUAUUGUGGGGCGUUGUCUCGAUGCUGCAAGGCGCCACGACCAGCGCGUGGUCGCUGCUGUUGCUCCGCUUCCUCUUGGGAUGUUUUGAAACGUCUCUAUUUCCUGCCCUCACCACGCUGAAUUCGAUGUGGUACACCAAGAAGGAACAGCCAACCCGACAGGCCGUCACAUUUUCGGGCUUUCAAUCUCUUAUUACUGGAUUGAUCUCGUAUGGUAUUGGCCGUUCCAACACUGCUAUUGCCUCGUGGAGAGUUUUGUUCCUUGUUAUUGGAGCCAUCACCAUCGUCUGGGGUGUAAUCUUGCUAUUCUGGCUGCCCGAUUCGCCAAACACUGAAGGCUUUGUUCGCGGAAAGGAAAGGUAUAUCGCCCUCAGUCGCGUCAAGGACAAUAUGACUGGCGAGUUGAAAGGGUACCAAGUUAAAGAAGCUUUAACUGACUGGAAAACUUGGGCUCUGUUUAUCUUCUUCCUGUGCAUGAAUGUGCCAACUGGUGGUUUAGUGACCUUUGCGGCCCAAAUCGUUUCUGGCUUUGGCUAUAGUAGACUUGAAACAGUUCUCCUCGGUAUGCCGACGACUCCUUUCCAGGUUCUGGCAGUUUUUUCCGUUGCCAUCCCGCAGAAAUGGAUGACGAACAAGCGAUCAAUCUCUUGCGCCGUGUCACUUCUCGUCCCCAUCACCUGCUCGCUUCUUCUCCGAUACCUACCCCAUGAGAAUCAAAAAGGGAGGUUGGUCGCGUACUACUUCUUCUACUUUUUCUGGGCUCCUUACGCCACUGCUGUUUCCCUGUCCAUGGCCAACGUCUCGGGCCAAAGCAAGAAGACGACUGUGAAUGCAACCAUCUUCAUUGCCUAUUGCGUUGCCCAGAUCAUUGGGCCACAGUGCUUCCGGACCAAUGAGGCACCUAACUAUCCUACCGGCUACAAUUGCAUUCUUGCGUUUGAGAUUGUGGCCGCCGUAGCCAUUUGCGUCUACGGCCUAGGAUGUCGGUGGGAGAACCGCCAGCGAGACAAGAAGCAGGCGGACGAAUAUGACAUGUCGACCGAGGAGAUGCUUGAGGACAAAACUGACAAGGAGAAGCCUGCUUUCAGGUAUGUCUACUAG